AUGGGGGUGACCGCUUGUCUGGAGGCUGGGGAGCAGGCACCGGAGCAGAAGUACAAAGUGGCUGAGGGUCCGCGCCACGGCCGGCUGAACCGGGAGCAGCUGUUGCCCCGGCUCUUUGACGACUGUCACUUCUACUUCCUGGGCUGCUUUAAGAAACCCCUGAAGGAGGACCUGGUGCGGCUGGUGAGGGAGGGCGGGGGUCAGAUCCUCUGCCGGCAGCCCAAGCCAGAGAGCGACGUCACGCAGACCAUCGACACGGCCACUUACCACGCCCUGCCCAAGUCUGACCAGUCCUUCUGCACCCAGUACAUCCUGUACAAGCCCAGAGCCAGUGCCCUCCCCGAGAGGGUUCGCUUGGGCAAAGUGUGAUCCGCCCCAUCCUCCUGGCUCAUCCACUGCAGCGCUGCCUUCCAGUUCCUGCCCGUACCCGAGCCCAGCAGCUUAGAGGAGUGA